AAGUUUCCGAAUUCCGCAUUUCAGAGUCACAGAGCGGGAUUGGACAUUUAAGAUUAUCAAGCGCGGAACUGUUUUUUUUCUUAUCGCUGAAUAUAUCAGAUGCUGACCUCGCUGAGUUUGUAAGGCAACUCAACGAUUCAUAUCCACCGCCCUGAAACUCUACACAACCUAACGAAGAGGAAAAGAGCUAGUUAUCGGCCUCGAAGAGGGACACGCUAAACCGAGGAACUGCCAGUCAUUGAACUCUCGACGCAAUACAUAUCAACUCCAAUUCGAAAACGUUUAAUGCGUACACGACACGCCAUGGCUUCCCAAGAUCAAACACCAUCCACGGCCACCGUGCCAAAGCACCUCAACUUCAUCACGGGCAACAAGAACAAACUCGCCGAAGUCCAAGCCAUCCUCUCGGGCGUCAUCGAGCUCCGCUCCCAAUCCCUCGACCUCGUCGAGAUCCAAGGUACCGUCGAGGAAGUCACGCGCGACAAGUGCCGGCGGGCGGCUGAGGCUGUCCAAGGCCCCGUGCUGGUGGAAGAUACAUGUCUCUGUUUCCGCGCCAUGAACGAGCUCCCCGGGCCGUACAUAAAAUGGUUCAUGCAAUCCCUCGGCCCACACCAGCUGCACAAGCUCCUCGCGGGCUUCGACGACAAAUCUGCCACCGCCGUCUGCACGUUCGGCUACAGUGCCGGUCCUGGCGCAGAACCCAUCUUGUUCCAGGGACGCACCGAGGGGAGACUGGUGGAGAGCAGGGGGAGUACAGUGUUCGGCUGGGACUCGUGCUUCGAAUACGAGGGCAAGACGUACGCCGAGAUGGAGAAGAGCGAGAAGAACGCCAUCUCGCACCGGGGCAAGGCGCUGGAGAAGCUCAAGACGUGGCUGGCGCAGAAGGUAGACGGCGAGGCCGUAUAA